CUUUCCUCAUAAUUACAAAAAUGUUCAUCUCAUAUAAUUUAGAGUGCUUCGUUGGUAGUUGAGAAGUUUCCAGGGAUAGACCCAAAAACCUGUCGCAUGCCUAAGCAAAAGAAAGAGUAUUAGUAAAUGAUUCUUCGGAGUGCAGUGCGCUCUCUAAGCAGCCCUGGGCUGAGUCAUGGGGUCUCUAGCUGAGAUUUUACUGAACAGCUUGAUCAGUGGCGACGCGUCGGGGGUACUUUCGUCGUGGGUUUCGACCUUGCGAGGACGGAACUUGAGGACUAUCUUUGCGGAGGUCACUGACGGGCCACAUCCGCUUUCUGCUGGUAGCGGUACCGCAUCGUCGUCUUCUUCUCAAAGAACAAUGCGGUAUCGUCGACCGCCCAAACGGCGCAACCUUCACGGUCGUGAGGUAGUCAGUACCUUUUUUCGGCAACACGACGGACAAGAAUGGCAAUGCCCGGCCGUGUACGAUGAUCAGUCUUUAGGAUGGCGCGGUCAUUACUCUGGUACUUCAGAGGCGCUAGCUCACCGCACCACAUGUGCUCGCCAUCAAAAGUGUGGUCUCGAGGAUUUUUUAGAGGUUCCUAGUCCGGAUCAUGUUCCACGCCUGGAGCGGCACGUUGUACAGCGUAGCACGUCAUUCGCAGACCAGGUGGUGAAUUUGGGGCGAAACAAAGGAAGAAACGCGAUUUCCCCUGGAUCAAAUUCACUUCGUCGGCGAGCGACCAGCUUUCGUGGUCGUGGCGGGUCACGUGGAAGCCGUGGCCGGAAAUCAUCAGGAAAACGAGGAAGGAACGACGGCAAAGAUCCUUCCCAGCUGAGCGGAAAUAACGACUACAUCAUCGACCUCGUGAAAUAUUUACGGCAAUUUUGAACUCUAAACUCGCUCCUGUGAAUGUACUGAAAUGUCCGCACACAAAUUGCUUGUAGUUUCUCCGUCGAAAAUGAAUGAAGCUGUCUGUCCUGAGGACUCCCAGGUUGGUAUAACCUAGUGAACAUGAACGAGAGCAUAUUUAUUUAUCCUAAUCAAAGUUUCAAAGUUUAUUGUUAUUUCUGAAAACAUUAUUGGCGGCUAAUCCCCAUGACUGAGGAGCGGAACAAGUCUACAUGGUCACCAGCGAAGCUAUCGCAGCAGAUGUGGACCGCGCUUGCAAUGGGCCCACAUUUGGGCAAGCCGUUCAUCCACUUGCAGUAUCAGUCUACAGACAUCUACUCUACCAAUAUUGCAGCGAAAUCACUGCCGGGGGUACCUUUUCGAUUUGUCCAAUAUUUUCAUGGUCAAUAUUAUCAAUAGAUAGAAUAAGAUUAGGUGGCUGCUGCUCUGUGGUACUCGUACUAUUCAAGACCUUUCCAGUGAUUUCGUCUGGUCAGUGUUGGGCUUGAGUCAUGAAUAUAAGUAGUGAACUUUAUUUUCUUUAUACAGUAACUUUAUGCUCCUGUCAUUAUUUUUUUACUGCAACGCCCCACUUCCUUCCACGACCAGUUGAAUUAUAAAGAGACUUCAAGCGGUGAAAGCGGGCGUUUCGUUUGCAGUGAUCAGGCAGCGAGUGAUUAUCAGACUGCUAUGGGUUUCGUAGGAGGAAACUACAAGCCUGGAGGGUUUCUGUUGCCGACUGUGAAUUUUCGUGAUAAGAAAAACGCUUGGAGUCGGAUUCAUGUCCAGCUGAAGGAGUUCGGGAUGGACGGGAAACCAGAUAGAAUCCUCUGGGAUGCGAUAUACGAUCCUAGACUCGGUCUCAAGCUUCCGGAGCCAGGAUACUGGGACUUCAGCUUUCUGGUAGUUCUUGUUCUGGAGCAACUCAUUUGUAGACGCGUGAUUUGCAGUAGGCCUACUUAUCCUCGAAAUGAUCCUCGGAAUAAUGGCACUAAAUAUAAUGUUUGUUGCUAUAAUAAACAAAUGUUGCUUGUGUCUUUGAUAUUAAUGAUAAUCUCGAUUCUCAGUACCCAGUGGGUGGCGCCAAAAAAACGAUGACUCUUCCUUGCGUACCGAAGUAUGACCCGCGGCCGCACUGGUUCGAUUUGAAGUUAACGAACGUUGCCAAAUUCAAACCAAAGCUAUGAAAAUCCAGAAUGACAGUAGCUGUUUUCCCACUAGGAAAGACUCAAUCAUGUUAUAAUCGAGAUCAUCAUGAUGAUUUGACCUGCUUGAAAAUAUUUCUUGUCGUGGUCCGAGGAAAUGCAACCGGAUCAAUACUAUGGAGAUACUUACAUACUUACUUACUAAGUACUUCCUCUUUAUGCCUGCUCCUAGUAUCGAAUACCAUGGAGAAAAGCACUCUGACUCUUUGCCUCUAAGCAUGGAGAUUUCUCACUGGCAAGAAGGCUGGGAGACGUUGGGAGGGAAAGCGGCGCACAUUGGUUUCACCGUCCAACGACAUCCUAUCAUGGAGAAUCCAAUGAUGCCGAUGUUCGGUGGUUUAUACCACAGCAACCCCUUGGGACCACUAAUGUUACGAAGGAGAAGAUUAUAGGCACGUAUAUAUAAUCGCCGUUUCUUGAUGCCUUGUAGCUGGAUCUCGAAUGCUAUGGUUUGAAUAAAGAACGAGAAGCUUCAACAUCCACCUACCAGGGUAAAUCAUCCGACACUAAUAUAGGAUCAUAAAAGUAGACUUGACUAGAUUAUGUCUGCCCUCUGUGGUCGAAGUCUUUUUUCUAACAUUUGGUCCAGAGUAUCUCAAGGGCACGCCGAAACGAGACUACGCGCAGAACCCUGACGACGACUGUGAUGACUUGGACAAAGCGAGACUAGACAAAUGUCGCAACUGGGGUGCUGGUAAUAAGCGUAAGUUCAGCGAGCAGAGUACCCGGUCGAUGCAUGUGCGGUGGCCGACUGAAUUCGAGCGGCGUCUGCACAAGGAUUCCGACCCCUUGUUCUACUACAGUGAUCCACAAGCGCAGCUAGGAGGGGGAAGCAGUAGCAGUAGUAGCAGCAGCUCUAAAUCUUCGAAAAGCGGAAAAAGCAGUUUAUGGAACAAGAAUCAGAUUACUACUUAACUUGUUCACUUCAUCUUUCCGGGAAAUUAGUGAAUGAUGUCAAAAAUACUAGAUUCGUCACGUUUUUAUCCCGUCGAUGGAACCAUAGAAGAUUGCUCUAAGAACGAGAUGAUUACACCAGAGUAAGUCCUUGUUUGUAAUUCUCUUGCCAUUGAUGCCGAGCGUCCGUUGGUUUCUCGCCCUUUCCUCUCCCUCCUCUUUUCUUCAUUUGCGAAAUCUAGCGGAUCUUCGAAAAAGAAGUCAUCGCACCCGAUUUGGAUGGUCCAUCCAACUGUCAAUGACUCGCAUGGCUACUACUGGUGGACCAAAGCCACGAUCGGACCACUACCCAUGGAUCAAAUCGAUGAUGGACGGCCUCCUAUCGUUCCCGGUGAAGGCGCUUGGGCUGGCCUCAGCGGCAUUCAUCCGAGUCACAAACAGGGUACGGAAAUGCGCUUCCUCACAAAUUCACCUGGAUUGCUGGCCCAGUGGGACACACCGGACGUAAUGGGCGAUUUCUUGCCACCGGGGAAAGGCGGCGGCAAAGGCAGACGGUGAAGAGGGUCUUGUUUGACUCCCUGAGUUCUACUUUUACUACUUGCAGCUUUUUUUGCUCAUUUCCGAGACCGCGACAAUAGAUACUGAUCGCUGCUCAAAACGCAACGAACUGCUCCAAGAGAUCUCGAAGCGGCUAAAUAUGAUUACUCCAAGAAGAUUCGUGGAUGAGGAUGAAGUUUUUUACCUGCGCCUUUUGAUUUCUUUGCACAUACUUAGUUGAUUUGUCGCCCCGAGCGGCCCUUGUCUGUGAG